AUGGAUCACCAGCAGCUCUACUGGAGCCAUCCGAGGAAAUUUGGCCAGGAUUCUCGUUCUUGCCUCGUCCACUCAAACCACGUCCACUCAAAGCACGGUCUGAUCUGGAAAUACAGCCUCAACAGGUGCUGCCAGUGUUUCCAUCAGUACUAA